GCGAUACGGUGAAAGACGAGCGAGCGUUUAAAGCCUUUUUAAAGACCGUCGUAGCCUCCCGCAAGGUUAUGGAGAAGGCAAUCUCUGCGAGGCAUGGCUUUCGUCGUUCAUCCUCGUUUAGGGCGAGGCGUACUGUACCUGCAUUACUUGAGCGAUGGAACGUUAUGCGCUGUUGAUUUGCAGGCAGGAAAUAUCACGCCAUCAGCGUUUCUUUCAUCUGUCGCCAAACGCGUGGUAGAAAGCACACGCGAUCUCCCCUCCUACAAGGAGUCAAGGAUGAGGGUUUCGCUGCCUUUCCACCCGUUUUGACUCUUGGUGGUCACUCUCGAUGAACCACAGCCAAUCGUUAAUGCCUUUGUCCUAACCUUUUAGCUGUCAGUGUGAGCCACAUUUAAUCAUAUAUAAACUUUACCCACCACCAUCCCACCCCCUUGCAUUUGGCAAUAUAAAAGCCAGAUUCAAGGAGUUUCUGAUCCUGCUUCCGCUCCUUCUUUUCUUCGCACACCUUUUUUUGAACCGUCCUGCUCCAUCGCUCUCCUGGUUGACCAGAGCACAAGGAGCAAGUGACAUUCUCUUUGCACUUACCGUGUAACUCCCCCACGCAAAUCGCACAUAUGUCGCUGCAUAGACCAGUAGGAGCUAGUUUCAACGCCAGUUCGGCACACUAUACCCCAACCUACUUGGAACGCCAAUGGGUUGGCCUAUUUGAAAAUGCAUCCCAUCCAGCUCUUAAACUCGCACUUGUCCUCUUCAUCUGGCACGAGGUGGUGUUUUUCGGACGGUUCUUGCCUUACUACAUCAUGGAUCAAAUACCGUUCUUCAAAAAAUGGAAGAUUCAGGAAAACAAGGAGAACACUCCAGAGAUGUACUGGAAAUGCGUAAAGAGCGUCAUUCAAUCCCAAUUGUUUGUCCAACUUCCGAUGAUGCUAUUAUUUCAUCCUACGGCAACGUGGUUGGGCAUGCGCUUUUUGGAAGUCCCGUUUCCUUCAUGGACGACCAUUGCUCUUUCCUGCCUUUUCUGCCUCGUAGUAGAAGACUGUUAUCACUAUUUUGCCCACCGAUUGAUGCACCACGGUCCAUUCUACAAGUACAUUCACAAGCUACAUCACGAGUUUCAGGCCCCGUUCGGGAUUGCAGCUGAAUAUGCCCACCCGAUUGAAGUGUUGGUUGUGGGACAGGGUUUCUUCAUUGGACCUGUGGCGCUCCUGGCAAUGGGUGUUGAUAUGCAUGUGCUGACCAUGGCCGUGUGGUUGGCCGUGCGGUUGAUUGAAACUGUGGAUGUACAUGCAGGAUAUGACUUUCCAUGGUCGAUUCACAAGAUUCUGCCCUUUUGGGGUGGUGCAGACUUCCAUGACUACCACCACAUGGCGUUCGUUGGCAACUAUUCAUCUUCCUUCCGGUGGUGGGAUUGGAUCUUUGGCACGGAUGCUGCCUACAACGUCUGGAAGGCCAAGCAACAGGAAAAGCCCAGAUCAAAACAGGUUGUUAAGCAAGAUUAGAUUGAAUUAAUAUUUGUAGGGAUGUUCCUACGUUUAUUGUGCAUAACUUUUGAAAAGUGGAGAAUACUCAAUUUAUGAUGUGCUGAAGAAAUACGUAUAUAGUACCCAAUUGCUACGCAUAGAUCACAGACGAGGUAUCAGUAAAGUCUUUGAUUCCCAAGCGACACCGACCGCUUGUUGGCCUUCCUAUUGCAUUGCCUAAUGGCCAUGAAUAUAGACCUUUCAAAUGCUACAAUCUGUGGGUUGUAGCCUUUUAUGUAUGCAAAAUGGCACUGUUCUGUGGAAAGAACUUCCAUUGCGGUUGGGCCG